AUUUGGUUGAAUUGGAGCAGAUAAUUCCCACCUCAACGGAGUUUCCUCCUUCACAAGAACUCCUAACUCCUGGUUUGACCGGCGGGUGAGUAGUACAUUGGGCGUCCCAUUGUCCAUUUCCCUACUCAAUUAUUACCAAAACCUCCUCCUUCCUCAAUCUCAAUUCGUCCCUCCCCCUCCCCCAAAAUGGCUUCGGAAACCAAAGAGGUGGUCAAAGAGUUCCGAUUCUUCAGAGUCUACAAGGACGGCCGCAUCGAACUCUUCCGUCCUCCGGUCGAGAAGAUCCCGCCCUCCGAUGAUCCCAACACCGGCGUCCGUUCCAAGGAUGUCGUCAUCUCAUCGGACCCGCCCGUGUCCGCUCGGAUCUUCUUGCCCCGCGUCUCUGACCCGGAACAGAAGCUCCCCCUCCUCUUCUACAUUCACGGCGGCGGGUUCUGCAUGCAAUCCGCCUUCUCCCUCGGCCACCACAACUUCGUCAGUACCGUCGCGGCUGAGGCCGGGGCGAUUGCUGUUUCCGUCGAGUAUGGGCUCUUCCCGGCUCGGCCCAUACCCGCCUGCUACGAGGAUUCGUGGGCCGCACUCCGGUGGGUUGCGGGCCACGCCGACGGAGACGGGCCGGAUGCGUGGCUGAACGAGCACGCCGACUUCAGGCGGGUCUUCAUCGGCGGCAACAGCGCCGGGGGGAACAUAUCGCACACGCUGGCCGCCCGGGUCGGGUCGAUCGGGCUGCCGGCAGGCGUGAGGGUGGUGGGGGUCAUACUCGUGCAGCCGUACUUCGGUGGCACCGAGGACGACCACAUGUGGAUGUACAUGUGCCCGACGAACGGCGGGCUAUCGGAUCCGAGGCUAAAGCCGGUGGAGGAGGAUCUGGCGAGGCUCGGGUGCGAGAAGGUGCUGGUGUUCGUGGCGGAGAAGGAUCACCUGAGGGAGGUCGGGAUUGGGUACUGCGCGGAGUUGAAGAAGAGCGGGUGGAGAGGGAGCGUGGAAUUGGUGGAGCAUGUUGGGGAAGAGCAUUGCUUUUACCUGUUCGAUCCGAAGUGCGAGAAGGCCGUGGAGUUGAAGGACAAGUUCGUGUCCUUCAUCCAACACAACUGAUUCGUCAAGCCGUGAUAUUCGGAUAAUGUUUGAUGUGUGGGAUCAAUCCGGUCUCGUUGCUCGAUUGUUUCAACGGCUUGUGCGCCACGAAUCUGGAUGAUUGGAUGUUUAACAAUCUGAAUAAUUUAGCCAUUGCAAGCUCGAGCUCGAACAGCAUGGCCGCCUCGAUCAUAGAGCUUGGACUCACAGCCAUGAUUGGGAUGAUGGACAAUCUAUGAAUCUCUCUCUCUCUUGAUUAUGUGUUGCCCGAUGUGGCAAAUAUUGGUACCUCAUAAUAUGUUUUGGCGAAUCAUAGAAUGGUACAUGUAUUCCAACUUUCAUGUCAAUGUCUAUGUUAUAAGACAUUUUACAAAGAAUAAAGAGAUUGAUGUUGACU